GUCGUCAUCCCCCAGGCCGCGGCCGCCCAGGGACCAUGGAGUUCGCGGAGCUGAUUAAGACCCCACGGGUGGACAAUGUGGUGCUGCACCGGCCUUUCUACCCCGCCGUGGAGGGGACUCUGUGUCUGACGGCACACCUGAUCCUGUCCUCCCGGCAGGACAACACGGAGGAGCUCUGGCUCCUCCAUUCAAAUAUCGACGCCAUUGACAAACGAUUUGUAGGCUCCCUGGGUACCAUCAUCAUAAAAUGUAAAGAUUUCCGAAUUAUUCAGUUGGAUAUUCCUGGGAUGGAGGAAUGUUUAAAUAUAGCCAGUUCCAUUGAGGCAUUGUCCACUCUGGACUCAGUCACCCUGAUGUACCCUUUCUUCUGACCCAUGUUUGAGGUGAUGGAAGAUGGCUGGCAUUCCUUCCUUCCUGAGCAGGAGUUUGAGCUCUACUCCUCCGCUACCAGUGAAUGGAGACUGAGCUAUGUCAAUAAGGAGUUUGCCAUCUGUCCUUCCUACCCACCAGCAGUCAUUGUGCCCAAGUCCAUCGAUGAUGACGCUCUUCGGAAAGUGGCAGCCUUUCGACAUGGGGGGCGCUUCCCGGUACUGAGUUAUUACCAUAAAAAGAAUGGCAUGGUGAUUAUGCGAAGUGGUCAGCCUCUGACUGGCACCAAUGGGCGGAGGUGCAAGGAAGACGAGAAGCUGAUAAAUGCCACCCUCAGGGCAGGAAAGCGUGGCUACCUCAUUGACACCAGAUCACUGAAUGUGGCCCAGCAAGCUAGAGCCAAAGGAGGGGGCUUUGAACAGGAAGCUCACUAUCCCCAGUGGAGGCGGAUUCACAAGUCCAUUGAGAGAUACCAUGUUCUUCAGGAAAGCUUAAUCAAGCUUGUGGAAGCAUGUAAUGAGCAAACCCACAACAUGGACCGAUGGCUUGGCAAGCUGGAGGCCUCCAACUGGCUGACACACAUCAAGGAGAUUCUGACCACUGCCUGCCUGGCGGCCCAGUGCAUUGACAGGGAGGGAGCAUCGGUAUUGAUUCACGGCACAGAAGGGACCGAUUCCACACUGCAGGUGACUUCCCUGGCCCAGAUCAUCCUGGAACCGAGAAGCAGGACCAUCCGUGGUUUUGAGGCCCUGAUCGAGAGAGAGUGGCUGCAGGCUGGCCACCCGUUCCAACAGCGCUGUGCACAGUCAGCUUAUUGCAGCAGCAAGCAGAAGUGGGAGGCACCCGUGUUCCUUCUCUUUCUGGACUGUGUGUGGCAGAUCCUCCGGCAGUUCCCUUGCUCCUUUGAGUUCAAUGAGCAUUUUCUCAUCAUGCUCUUUGAGCAUGCUUAUGCCUCACAGUUCGGAACAUUCCUGGGCAACAAUGAGAGUGAAAGAUGUAAGUUGAAGCUACAGCAGAAAACGAUGUCUUUGUGGUCAUGGGUCAACAGGCCCAGUGAGCUGAGUAAAUUCACCAAUCCACUCUUUGAAGCCAACAGCCUGGUCAUCUGGCCUUCCGUAGCUCCACAGAGUCUCCAACUGUGGGAAGGGAUUUUCCUGCGCUGGAGCAGAUCCUCUAAGUAUCUGGAUGAAGCAUAUGAGGAGAUGGUUAACAUCAUUGAAUAUAACAAGGAGUUGCAAGCCAAAGUCAAUAUCCUGAGGAGGCAGUUGGCCGAACUGGAAACAGAGGAUGGGCUACAGGAGAGUCCUUGAACGAUCUCCCCACCCGUCCUGAGGACCCAUCUAGGCCUGAGUCCGUCUCUCCCUCUGUUUGCCCCUGAGUUCACUGUACACAGUAGCCUUGAACUUGGCUGUAGGUGUGGGAUCCUGUAACAUGGCUUUCUGAGCACUGCAAGAUGGAAGUCACUAACACACACCAGUAUGGCCUGUUAGGCCCUUUGCCAUGGGAGCAGAGGUGCUGUCACAUCACUGACUGUGACACCUGUGCCCUAUGCUGUCCUCCAACUCCACUUCCCAAACAGUGGUCCAGACUAGUUAAGAAUCCAUCUAAAACAUGGGCCCGACUUCUGAAUUCAAGUAUAGAAGUGGUUUUUAAAACAAGUGGUUGAGAAGCCAGACUUUCGUGUUUAGCACGGCUUCUGGCCUCUACUCCUUACCCCUAGGUAUAAAAUAACCGUUCUCCUUUAAAAUAGUUUUGGGCUAACAAAGCCUAUUUUGUCAAGAAGGAAAAAUCAGAAUAGUUAUUUGUGAUAAAUCAUUCUAUGAGGGCAACAGGUGUGGUCCUCUGAUGAUUUCAUUAAGAAAAAGUAAAUUUACAGCUAGCCACUAAAAGUCUGUGUUGUAGAGAAUUGAAGUAGGAAUUCCUCACUGGUAGCCAUCUGCUUUUUAGGUUUCUGACCAUACAUACAAAAAGUGCUUUGAGUGAUGGGUGUGAAUGAAGCCGUAGCUUGAAUAGAAUUCACUUUUUAGAACUAUAUAACAUGUACAGAAUCCAUAAGCUGAGGUCUUACUGCACUGGUUAGAAUCUCUGUGUGACUUAUUUUACUUUUAAAUAUUCUGAGUUGACUUAUGCCACAGCUAGACUUGGAUGUCAACGUGAACCAUUUGUAAGUCUGUCUGCCGACUUGUUCUUUCUGUGUUAGGCAACCAGGGCUGACUGGAGUGGGAGGCUGGGCACGUGGCUCCGCUGUUCGCAGCCUUCCUUCCCGAGUCAUCAGAAGCAGUGGUGCAGUGGCCGCCUUCGGCUCUGGGUGCUGCACCUGUCUGUGCCUGUGUGUGGCUUAGUGCUUUCCAGGUGUCCGUCUCUUGGUAGUCGUCGACUGCUCGCCUUUGCAAGUGCUGUCCUUUCUAGACGAGGACAAUGGAAGUGUGAUUAAAGCCAUUUCAACUUCAUCUGUAUCUAAUCAUUCCCCAGGCCCCUUCUCCAGAGUUGUGUUUCAAGGUGAAAAUAGAACUGCUGGAGGAGGCACCUCUGAUUCCAACACUUGGGAGGCUAAGGCAGGAUGACUUAAGUUUGAGGCCAGCCUGAGCUAUAUAGUGGGUUCCUGGCUAGCCUGACCUACAGAGUGAGACUGUCUAAAAGACGCCAGCAGGGGCUGUGGCCCCUGCUGAGCAUCGGGAAGCAGCCACUGCUUUCCAUUCCAGUUGCCUUGCCUCUUUCUUGCUCCUUCCUGCCUUUCCACCUGUGACAGAAAGUCAGGAACCAAUCAGCAGUCCCAAUUCUGCGGGUGGACAAACGGGUGGAUUUGUCCACCGCCACCUCUGAGCUCAGCUCUGUUCUUGACCUGCUCUUUGGCUCACUGAUGAGCAGAGCACAAGAGAGACUUCCCUGCUGUAGGUCUGUUUUAUGUGAAUUGACCAUCUUAGUUCAAAGAAGAAAUUGCUUGGAUUUCCUGGGGCUGCUCAAUCAAUAGCCCUAUCUGUCACUCUCCCGCCACCCUGCAUGUUUUCUCCUACUAUGUGUGAAGGAGUCCUUGACCUCUAAGCUGAUGGACCCAUAGAAAACCAUCUGGAGGGUUUUUCCUUUGUAGUUCAUUAGAAGUGAGUCCCACUGCUGUGGAGCAGCCUUAAGGCUUCUGUGCACAGAAACUUGGGAAUUUAUUAUGCUUAGCUAGGGAGAGAUCCGCUGCCCCCCAGGCCCUCCUGUGUGCCUGUCUCCCUUAGGAAUACUUGGUGUGCAUCCAGAGUCAUACCAGUGGUAUCAGUACCUUUGCCUGCUUCCUUUUCCCAUGAAACAGCAAUCAUCAGUUUUUGACAAGCUUGCAUUUUAGUGUGGAUUUAUAAAUAGUUUAUCCAAAUACCAGCUUUAAAAGCAAACCUUUGUAUCAGUCCACUUUCCAAGGGUCAUUUAAUAAUGCAAAUAUGAGUUUCCCUAAACUCAAGAACUCGAUCAAACACAGGUGUGUUAUCACUGUGAGUUGGGGGUUUGGUGGAGUCACAGUGUCCACACCCUUCCCUUGGGUGCCAUGAAGAAAUACAGAAGUACACUCGGGAAACUGGUCUGUGUUUUGCUGAGUUGCUUGAAUGACUGUGGUUCUAAACCCUUUAGUGAAGAGGAUGGAGGCGCAAUUCACAGGCAAGUAAGGCUGUGUAGUACUAACCAAGUGAGCCCUCAGACUCCCGUCUACCCACGGUCUCUGCUCCCAUCUGAGGGGGAUUUCACAGUGCAGGCCAUAGACAGAGCAUCAGAGGUCAUUACCCUCCUUCAUCAGCUGUGCAAGGAGGCUUUGGUUACAUCAGCAAACCAGAGCUACUUGAUCAUCCAAGAAACCUGAACCAACUUCAUUGGCAAGACUUUACAGUGAUGUCAGUAAUCUUUUUAUUACAUAGCAUGAAGAGAAAAGCAAAAAUAAUAAAAUCCAAUAAUCUUAACACAUUUUAAGGAAAGAUUAGACUGUCAAAAGGCAAAAAUUUCGAGUGAUCUUUUCAACAAAUCUAA